GCAGUUGUUUGACGGAUUGACGUGCUUGCUUUUGUGAAUGCUGUAAAUUUUUUGCAUUUCAAAGCAACAUUGAAGGAUAUAAUCAUUUCUAAUAAUUAAUAUCCAAAAAUAACAUAAUGGCAGAUCGUCUGACUCAACUUCAAGACACCAUAAACCAGCAAGCUGAGCAUUUUUGCAACAGCAUCGGUAUACUGCAACAGUUUUCUACGCCUAGUAAAUUCCCUGGAUUCGACCGGAGUGGGUCGCAAACGCCGCAACAACAGCAAAACCAAGAGGACUAUGCUAUGCUGUUUGCCACUCUCAUCUCUCGUUGUGCAAAGGAUAUUGAUACUCUUAUUGAGUCCUUGCCAAGUGAGGAGAGCUCUACGGAACUUCAAGUUCAAAGCUUGAGGCGUUUAGAAGCUGAAAAUAAGGAGGCUGCUGAGAAAUUAGAAGAGGUGGUACGUCAAGGAGAGAUCCUUCUAGAAAAGAUCCAAGGUGCCCUCAGCGACAUUGCCCAGUGCCAACUUGAUAUGCAGAACCCAGCACUGAUACUCAACAAGGAUGUGAAACCACAGUUAUAGGACUCGCGGAGAUACGGUGCUUAUCGCCGUAGAUGAUGAUAGACUGUGAUGUGAUUUGUAAUAUUAUAUUUAUAUGAUGUGUAAAUGGGAUCAAUAUUUCUGUGUUUUAACGGUGGCAUGUGGAGAUUUUUCAUUAGUUGUUCUAUAUGCAAAUUAAGGAUACUUACUUUAAGAUAGGUUUACACUCAAAUAAUGAUAAGUUAUCACUAUUGUUUGUCCUGAGUUCUCAUAUAGAAUAGUUAAGUAUAGAUAGACAUUCAUCACUCUAGGUUCUAUUCGAUAUAUCCUUCAUCAAGCUUUCCUCAGAUUGGGCUGAAUGGUUGUGUUCCAUUGCCUUGUGAUUUAGAGAAAAUAAAAAUAUGAAUACUCAAUCUUUUUACAUUCACACAAUUAAUAAGGGAUACAAGAGAUAUAGAAUCUCCUUGGUCAUCCUAAACUGAACUACCAAACCUUGCUUUGUGAUUUAAUUUCUUGUUCUAAAUUUUCUUUCUGUGAAAUUAUAAUACUUGUAUUUACCUAUUAGACUUAUUUUUAAGAUGUAAUAAAUAAAUAACAAUCUAAUAA